AUUUUUACUUUAUGUCAGCAUUUAUGUAGUUUAAAAAAAAUAAUAGUAAACUGAAAAUGAAGAUGCUCCAGACAAAAAGUAGUCUUACGAUCAUAUUUAGUUUGCAAUUGAUAACUGGAGUACCAAUCAUAUUCGACAGAGGAGUUGAUGAUUAUUAUUGGAAACUUCGUGCUGAUUUACUUCAAUCAGAAGAAAGUAUUGCCUUUGGAGGAGAUCUUCAUUUAGACGAAAAUGAAAUUUGUGCUAAUCACAUACUGAUGUGUGCAAAAUACAAAGAAAUUGAUGAAGCUUUCUAUAAUCAGCGUGAAUUUCUACCGCGAGCUAAUUUCCUUACAGUACAAAAGAAGAUUGAACAAUCGGAUGUUUUCAAAAUAAUUCAGAAAAUGCCAAAAGGAGCACUUUUACAUGCUCACGAUGUAGCGACAGUGUCGCAAGAAUAUGUUUUGUGGAAUGUAACUUAUCGCCCCGAUCUUUACGUAUGUGAUAUCGAAGGUAAAUUAAAACUUCAGUUUUUUGAGACACCAGACAAAUACUGUAAUUGGAAUUUGCUCAGUAAAUUGAGGGUAAACGCUUCCAUUGAAAAUGAAAUCAACAAAAGAAUUCUGAAUCAAAUGUCAAUGAUAACUGAUGAUCCAGCUCGAGCGUAUUCGGAUGGUGACAAAGCAUGGGAGAAAUUCCAGAGUCUUUUUGAAUUCCUCGCUUCAUUUAUGAGAUACAAGCCUGUUUUUGAAGAUUACUAUUAUCAAUUACUAAAAGAAAGUUAUGAUGACAAAAUAAUAUAUGCGGAACUUAGAACACCCUUGCCUACCUUAUAUGAUCUAAAUGGUAACAAAUACAAAGGUUUGGAUGUAGUGACGAUCAUCAAAGAUAAUGUGGAAAGAUUUAUAGAGGAUCAUCCUGGCUUUCAUGGGGUCAAAUUAAUUUAUUCGAAAAAUAGACGAGUUAAUAAGCAGCAAUUAAACAAAUACUUGAAAAUCUACAAACAAAUUAAGCAAGCUUAUCCAUCAUUUGUUGCCGGAUUUGAUCUCGUUGGUCACGAAGAUAAGGGCCCUGCUUUGAAAACUUUUGCUGAACAAUUACUACCUGAAACUCAGAUGCAAGGAUUUUUCCAUGCAGGAGAAACUGAUUGGUACGGUCUUGAAACUGAUGAAAAUCUUAUUGAUGCAGUUUUACUUAAUGCGAAAAGGAUCGGCCACGGUUACGCUUUACCAAAACACCCCAAAUUAAUGGAAAUAUUAAAAGAACGUGACAUUGCGAUUGAAUUGAAUCCAAUUUCAAACCAAGUUUUAAAUCUAGUUUCCGACCUAAGAAAUCAUCCAGCCAGUAUUCUUUUUGCGGAAAAUUACCCAAUAGUCGUUUCUUCUGACGAUCCUGGUCUGUGGGGUGCGAAAGGCUUAAGUUAUGAUUUUUAUGAAGCAUUUAUGGGUAUCAUGUCUCGAAAUUCUGAUCUCAGAGCUUUAAAAAAACUCGCAUUGAAUUCACUACUUUACAGUUCAAUAAGCGAUGAUGAGAUGGUAAAAGCUUUCAGAAUAUUCGAAAAACAAUGGCAGGAAUUUCUUUCCGAGAUGGAUGAAAAAUUUCAACCGUAGCCACUAAUGGUUGUACCGUUUUUGAAUGAAGUUUCUAAAAGUGAAAGUGACAUGCGUGU